AUGAGUGAAUACGAUAGCGGAGUAUCAAGCGAUGAGCGUGGUAGCUCGCAGGCACCCGAUGUGGGCAGUACAGCCGUAUCUUCAGAGCUAGGCAAUCUACGGGAAAACAUCGCUAGCGGCGAUGGUGUUCAUGAUAAUAAUAACGGAAACAAUGGAAUGACGGUACGGUCACGUGAUGCAGAAGUUUUCGAUAAGAUAAAGACGCAUUUCCCACCGGCAAAGAUCAAGAAGAUUAUGCAAACGGACGAAGAUAUUGGGAAAGUGUCACAGGCUACACCUGUGAUCACGGGCAGGUCCCUCGAGUUUUUCAUUGCUCUACUAGUUGACAAAUCUAGCAAAGUGGCACGUGACCAGGGGUCCAAGAGAAUCAGUGCAGAUAUUAUGAAAAAGACGAUAUUGACCGAUGAGAAGUUCGAUUUCUUGAGGGAAGUGAUACUGCCACAGGAGCAAUAG